AUGUUGAGUCUGGAUCGCCUGGAUGAUCCUGGACCCAAAGGAAGCGGUCGCAGCAGAUCGCCAGAGUCGGGUCCGACUCCAGGGGGAAACUCCAUCCAGAUCGAAGAGAUUGACCGCUGCAUGCAGAAGGAGACGAUCACCAAAUUCUUCAGCCACGAAGCUCCAGAGGUGCCCCUGGUGAUUGUGGAGAAGACCUUCACUGACGGGCCAUGUUUGCGCUCCGAGAAUCUCAGUGUAAUGAUCACUGAACCGGGUUCAGAGGAAAUCUCUUGCAGCAAGCACGAGUCGCGCAUUGAAAAGAAGGGCCCUCCCGGCUACGAAGAGAGUUCGCGAGUGACAGGAGACCCUGCAGCAGUGAAGGCGAAGCUGAUUGAGAUUGCCACAGUCCUUGAGAAAUCGGAGCGAGGCUCUGGCAAGUCUGGGGAAGAGGUGGAGACGUUCCUUCUGGAACAGUUGGAUGAUGCACCCACAGAGGUGAUGGAUUUGGGCCUCGGCGCACAACGUGAAGUCGCCCCAUUGGAGGAUGUGUUGGAAGAGUCAUUCCCGACCGCUUCGCAGUGGCAGUACGGCAGGUGCGUUGCUUUGAAACUAGUGGCACACAGCCCACAGGGCAGCAGUGCCUUUGAGCAGCUUCUCUCGGUGCUGUUGACCGUUUUUCAGGUCACGGCUGAAGAAAGGAAAGGAAGUUUCAGAAGCCGCAAAAGCUCCCAGAGCUGGUGGCGCAGUGGCCUGCUGCGCUGUCGGCCGGCGGAUAGAGGCCAAAGCAUUCCUGAAGACGAUGCCCUGUUGCCGUGUCCGAUGGGGAAGAAGAAGACCUCAGAGAGGAACGGGGAAGAUGAACUUCAAAUUGGCGAUAACGUUGAAAUCUUUGGCCUGCAAGGUGCCAAAGACUUAAACGGUCGCACUGGGCGUAUUGUCUCCUUUGUGGAGGAAACCCAGCGCUUUGGGGUGAAGCUGGACGAUGGCUUGGAGAACAAGGCGGUCGGCACCUGA